UGUAAAUAAAGUGUGUUGUUUAUUGUAACCCUCCAGCCGGUCCGCAGUAGUUCCUCCUGUCCAGUAGGUGGCGCUGCUCGCAAGCAGUAGCGUCCGCUCUUUCACCCGCGACGUGGGAGUCCAACUCGGCUUGAAUGAAUCCGCAACGACAGACAGCAUGAGGCUGACGGCGCUCCUGUCCAUGGCGGCCAAAGUGGUGGCGCCCAAAGAUUACCGCUACGGCACGAACAGGCCGUGGACCGUCGCAGCCAAGAGGCUCAACCCUCCGGGGAAGCGGAGGAGGAAGGUGUUCGUGGAGCCGCUGGAGGCCGAAGACUGGAGCGUAGUCCGCGGAGACCUGGUUGAGAUUCUGGCGGGGAAGGACAAAGGGAAGCACGGGAAGGUCAUCCAGGUGUUCAGACGCAGAAACUGGGUCAUCCUGGAGGGACUGAACACGCAUUUUAGGUAUGUGGGGAAAAGCCCCGAUUACCGGGGGACCUACGUCGCCAGCGAGGCGCCGUUGCUGCUUGGGGACGUGGCCCUGGUCGACCCCUCAGACAGGUACUCAAACCUGAGCCUAAAUGCUUCAAUCCACCGUUUUAGGCCCAUUUCAGUCAAUGGGCCGCUCUUCACCACUGCUGUGAUGAAGAACCAGAACCUCAGCAGAACCCACCCUCAGCUGAGCUUCUUUAACGCUUUCAUGCUUCAGGAAACCCACUCAAGUCGAGUGGAAGUACACAGAGGAGGGCGAGCGGGUCCGUGUGUCGGUCCGGACCGGCCGGAUCAUCCCGAAGCCCGUGGUGGAGCGGCGGGACGGCAUCGUGCCGCAGCAGUGGAAAGACGGGCCCAAAGACACCAGUCCUGAAGACGCGCUGGAGAAAACCUACGUCCCGUCGCUGAAGACGCUGGAAGAGGACGUCAUGGAGAAACUGGGCAUCCAGGAGAACCGGAGGCACCGGACCUCGUAUUGGUACUGACCCGGUUCUGCAGAGAACGCAGCUUCUGGUUGGUCGCCUCGGAGGUUUCAGCCUUGAAGGUUCAUAAACGUAAAUCGUAUUCAUGUUAAAACGGAGGUUCUGUGGAAAGUAGAACAAACGUGGAACAAACCAAAACACCAGGAAGAGCCCCCCCCCCCCCCCCCCCCCCCCCAUGUAAAGCAUUUCCCGUUACUAUGGCCAAUCACUGAUCAUUAUGGUCUGGGCUGCAUCAUCCGUUUUCCCCUGUCUGCUGUGAAUAAAGGUGCUCAGCUCCGGCGUGUUGGUCUGUCCCGUCGUCAUGGUGAUGUUUGCACAGUCAUCCGUCAUGAAGGAGUUUCCAGAGUCUGGGAUCCGUGAGGAGACCACACCCACGCCUCCGGUUUUCCACUCAGGCCACAGUUAGGCUUUCAAUCAAACUUUAUUUAAAAGGACAUUCAAACAACAUCAAAUUCUGGUGGUAACAUCUGCUGUGUGUUUGUCUUCACGACUCUGUGACAUUUCAAGAGAUUCACAGGUAAAGGUGGUUUGGUCAAAGUAGAACCUCACAAUCAGCUUUCAUGUCUACACUUUUAUUUAAAAUAAACUGUGAAC